GUGUACCAAGUGGAUCGAGCUGAAUGAUGACAUAAGAUGGGGCUUUGGCGGGGCACAGCUCGGCAGUGCACGGAGCAGCAGAGGCCCGAGCCGUCGACGGGAACUUGGAGAGCUCCGACGGAGUCUGGCGAGAGGUCGCUUUCGCAAUGCUUCUUUCAUCAAUACCAGCUUGAACAGCCUCAUAUUGCGACAAGAAGCGGCACUGGCUAAUUUUCGACCGACAUUCGAAUAGUAGCCUCCGAUAUUAGCCCAAGGUCAUUCUCAAGCUAGAAUACGUCCGACUUCAAUCAGACGAUAGCUCCCGGCAAACCCUCGAGCGCCUCCAAACCAUCAUCAUGGACUACGUCGACAAGCGACUCCAGGAGGAAGCAGUGAAGCUGCACGUCGACCAAGGCAACGCCUUCUUCACCCCCCUCAACAUCCUCUUCCUCCUCGUAAACAUCUACACAAUCUACGUCCUCCUCCGCCCGACCCCGCCUCCGGUCCUCCCGAAAGAGCCGCCCGCGACCGUCUUCCGCGUGUUCAACCCGCGAACCCUCCUCCCCUACACCGGCGAGAACGAUACACCCAUCUAUCUCGCUGUUCGCGGCCGCGUCUUCGACGUCACACACGGUCGCAACUUUUAUGGCCCCGGCGGACCCUACUCCAACUUUGCCGGCCGUGACGCUUCGCGGGGCCUGGCGCUUGGCAGCUUCGAUGAGGAUAUGCUGACGGAGGAUCUUGACGGCCCGUUGGAUCUCCUCGAGGGACUGGGACCGGACGAGAUUGAGGCGCUGCAGGGAUGGGAGGAGAAUUUUGACAGCAAGUAUCUUGUUGUCGGCAGGCUUACUGCCGUCGGCGAUGAAGAGAAAUAGAGUCAAUACUGGUAAAGUUGGUAACAUGGUCUUUUACCGCAGGGCUUGAAUAGACUUAGACGUUGAAAGGGAGUUGUCCCCGACGAGUUUUCGCAAAGUUCUUUGUCCGACACGCUGUACAGUGUUCGAAAAUCUGCCCCGUGCCUCUUCGCUUCUGGAACGUCCCACAGGAAGUUGAACGCAUCAGCUGUGGCAUUAUGACAUGGCGGACCUGAUAACCAGUCAAGCGCCCACGGCUCUUCCGAGUGCUUCGAACAGGAUUGACAGCCGGCCCGAAGAAUUAGAUUCCACAGCAUGCAUUGUCGCUCUGCCCAUUGUUAAGACACGAUAGCAUGACGCAAGGGAGCUACGUGGGGAGGCAGCCGCCAAAAGAGGGCCGCUUUCAGGUUAGUCAGAUUAUAGCGUCACCAUCAGGAGCCAGCGACGGAAGAAUUGUGAG